AAAACAAAAAGCCUUCUUUUAUUCAGAUGCCCUCUACUUGUACUGAAUGGGGAAGACUUCUACCUCAAUACAAGCCCGCUAUAUAAAGUCCGUGAUUCUGUGUGGGUUCAAACACAUUUCAAAGCUUCGGGAUCUCGACAGGUUUCGCUCAGCUUCCUGAAGCCCGAGCUCCGCUCCCGCAGCGCCAUGGCCGGCUUCGGGUUCCAGAGGCGCGGGGCUCCCGGCGACCUGCCUCGCAGGACCUGGCCCUGCACCGCGCUCCUUUCUCUGCUUUUCAUCCCUGUCUUCUCCAAAGGGAUGCACGUGACCCAGCCUGCAGUGGUGCUGGCCAGCAGCCGGGGUGUAGCCAGCUUUGUGUGUGAUUAUGGAUCUUCUGGCAAAGCUGAGGAGGUCCGGGUGACAGUGCUGCGGAAGGUGGGCAGCCAGAUGACUGAAGUCUGCGCCACAACGUACAUGGUGGAGAAGGAGUUGACCUUCCUAGAUGAUUCCACCUGCAUUGGCUCUUCCAGUGGAAACAAAGUGAACCUCACCAUCCAAGGGCUGACGGCCAUGGACACGGGCCUCUACAUCUGCAAGGUGGAGCUCAUGUACCCACCUCCCUACUAUGUGGGCAUGGGCAAUGGAACCCAGAUUUAUGUCAUUGCUAAAGAAAAGAAGUCCUCUUACUACAGGGGUCUAUGUGAAAAUGCCCCCCACCGAGCCAGAAUGUGAAAAGCAAUUUCAGCCGUAUUUUAUUCCCAUCAAUUGAGAGACCAUUACGAAGAAGGAAGACCAUUUUCUGAUUUCUAGGAGCUGAGGCAAUUCCACCUUUUUGCUAUCCAGUUAUUUUCAUUGAUUUGUGUACUUUGGGGGGAUUCAUCUCUCUUUAAUGUAAAGCUGGAUGCAGAACCCAAAUUAGGUAUACUACAAUUUAAAGCAAAGGAGCAGAAAAACAGAGCCAGGAUGUUUCUGUUCUGUCACAUCAGAUCCAAUUUUAGUAAAAGCAUCACUUGGGAGCAAUAUGCGGAUGCAGCAUUAUGAUGUGGAAUCAAGGAAGUAAGUUAAGGGAUGGUACAGUCCUGGGAAAGCAAAGGAUUUCCAUGUGAGACGUUUCUAGCUGAAAUGAUGUUUUCAAGUUAAGUUUUUAUGCUGUGGUAUUUUUCCUAGCAAGUGUAUAAUUAAAUGAAUAGUUUAAGAAUGCUCAUAUGGCUAUAUUUGAGCCAGUGAUUCCAAGGGUUGUAUUGUACCAAUAUGUAUUUUUUAUAUGAUAGUAAUGUGCAUGGGGGCCACACGUGCUUUUGUGUACUUGCUGAUAGUUUGAAUAUAAACACUAUAUGGCAGUGUCUUCCCACCGUGAGUUCAGGGGAAGCUGGGUGAAGGGGCUCAGGACACUAAUACACCAGAUAGAAUAUAAGAUCACCUUCUAACUAGCCUGGAAACUGGAUACGGUCAUAGCAGAUUCUUGCGGACAUGUUGGGCUGAAUUGGUGUUGACAUGUGCUUUGGGCUUUUAUGCCAGCUCCUUUUAAUGGUUUUCAAGGAAACCAGAGUCAACUUGAUAGAACACCACUGUUGAGAAAAUGGCUCAUUCUGGGAGUCCUGUGGGUGUUAGCUUCAAGGGAGCUCCAGUUAUACACACGGUUAAUACCAUGGACAGAACAGAGAAGCAGGUAGCAGAACGGGGUGCAUUAAGGGUUCUGAAAACUAACACUGUUGGUGUUUUUUAACUCAAUAUUUUCCAUGAAAAUGCAACAACAUGUAUAAUAUUUUUAAUUAAAUAAAAUC